AUGAAGCCCCACGGUGCACCACGACUGACACCGUUAGACGAGCAGGCCCAAGCCUUCGAGGAGCUACGUCAGUACCUCCAGUACGCCCACACCGAGAACGGCGAGGACGGCCCCGACGACCAGACGAUCCAGCCCAGUCGCCCCCCUCCAGGCCAAGAUGGCUCUCCACGGGCUCACCUCACUGCGUUGAGGAGUGUCUUCUCCAACGCUCGGAAGCCCGUACCAUUGCGACAAGACCAGGCCAGUCGCCUCGCAGCCGCUUCCCAUGCCCGCCCGGAGCUGAAGCGGCUCCGUGAUCCAAACCAGUGCCAGCUGGGACCAGGUCUAGUCGCAGUCAUGGCCAUUUUUAGUCCGACCGCCACAUUCACGAACGAGGUCAUCAUUGGCAACGUCGUCGUGUCCCAGACCGUGGACGCACGCAUCCUCGCCCCGGCCGAGGUUAGCGCUGUCCUGGUCGACAUUGUCGGCCGCAAAGGCCAGUACCUCAUUCUCGACAAGGAGGCUGUUCUGGUCACUGCCUUCCUCCACAAAGUGGUGACAGGCGCACUGUACCGCGCGGUACAGAACACCAACCAUGCUCUCGCCCUCAUCUUCACAUUUGGAGAGGAGCCUAUCCCCUUCGCUGCCAUAUUUCCAUGCGCCUCGCUCACCGUGCCAGCGGCCGUGUUGGAUGGCCAGGCGACUAUUUCGUGGCAGUACACCAAUGCCACCGACAUCCAGGCGGCCAUGAGCUCUCUGCGCCGCACCUACCCGGGGUGUGACAGCUUCCACGAGGCUGUCGAGGCAAACCACCGCAUGGAGACAAAAGGCGUGGUGCUUCAAGGUGUGGAGAACAUGGACGCGGUCCGCUCAAUCGCGACUGUACCAGUCCCUGGUACGCGUCUCCUCGCCGACGUCACGGGCUCGAUCACCUACGAGCCUCGAGACGAGCCCUUGCACUUCUGCCGAAAUGCUCUUCUGUCGACAGGGCGGCAUUCAUUCCGAUCCCUUGUCCGACAGCCAGAUGUCUCCCCUCCCCGUCUUCGUCGAGACCGGCAGAGGUCACUUACCGACGCGUUCUGGAACGGCCAGUCGGUCAAGCUCGAGGUUAGCAUCCUCGUCCAUGACACCGAGGGCCAUGGAGCCACCACCCAGACGAAGUGGACCGGCAGGGAGGCCGUCAACGUUCCGUUCCCGAGGUCAAUUGACCCCCAUUUGGCUCUGGCAUACAGCCAUGUCAACGCGCUCCUCACCACCACGGUUGUCAAGGAUUGGGCUGCCCAACUGCAGCUCCUUGGGGCGACCGAGGGUGGCGAAAUCCAUUUAAUCUCGGUCGGCGUGCUGGUCCACAGCGGCAAUGCCACACGAGCUGUGGCAUACACCCGAGCUGUCGUCGUCACAUCGAUACCGCCACACAUCGCCGCACCGGUCUUUGAACUGCUUCAACACCCUAUGCGAGUGAGGUUCGGCAUGCAUGUCCAACCCAAAGACCAAGGCUUCCAGGUUACCAUGUCACGACCAACCUUGAAGACUGGCGACGCCGCGGCCAAGAAGAAGGAACCCGACCUCCUCGAGCUCUUCCCCGCCCUCACGUCUCUCGUCCGUCCCCGCGUGUGCCUGUACGCAACAGAAGCUGGAAUCUCGGUCAUCGCCAAGGAGCUCGCCAAGUCGGACGGCCCGAUGCACGGUGACCUUAGGCUCGCGGAGGCAUACCUCCGCCUCUUGAAGGCCAAAGCCCCGCCGCAGGCUAUCCUUGCGGCCCAGCGAGCCCUCGAGAAGAAGUAUCGCCCCGACGUUGAGGGCAUAAAGGCCCGCCUCGCUGCGCCGAAGGGACCCCCGCCGAAGAAGCGUCUCGCCAGCGACUUUUACAAGCCGCUCCAACCUAAGUACGCCCGGCAUACGUAG